AUGGGAAGGAUUUUUCGUAACAAAGAGAUCAUGAAGCUGAGCUUGUCCCUUUAUGCAAUCCAAAACACGUUUGAAUAUGUGGUUGUUCGGUCAAAUAAGAAGGACUAUCUUGUCAAAUGUUCACAUGAUGAUUGUGAUUGGAUCUGUGGAGCAUCUAGGAUGGCUAGAACGGACUUGUUUAAAAUUAGGCAUAUUGUAGAAGGUCACAGAUGUUUCUCUAACAUUGUACUUGGUUCUCAUAGGCAAGCAACAAAAGCACUUGUGUCGCACUGCAUAAAAUACAAGUACACGUCAUCACACACUCUGUAUACCCUAAAUGAUAUACGUAAUGACAUAUUGCAUACGUAUGGAGUAUCGUUGAAUUAUGUGAAAGUCUGGAGGUCUCGAGAGGAAACUUUAAAACUGAUUAGGGGUGAUCCAGCAGAUUCUUUUAAUAAUAUACCAAGAUUCUUUGCCGUGUUGCAACAUACAAAUCCUGGAAUGGUCACAGAUCUGGAGCAUGAUGGUCACAGUAGGUUCAAAUAUUACUUCAUGGCGCUAGGCACAUCAGUUCGAGGUUGGGGACAGUGUAGUCCAGUUGUUGUGGUUGAUGGCACGUACUUAAGUGGACACUAUGGUGGGAUGUUAUUUACGGCAUGUACACAGGAUGCAAAUAAUAGCAUAUACAUACUUGCUUUUGCGAUUGGAGAUAGUGAGAAUGAUGCCUCGUGGACAUGGUUAUUCGAAAACUUGAGGAAGGCGUACGGCUAUAGAGAAGGGUUGUGCUUCGUAUCGGAUCGCCAUAAUAGCAUUAAAAAUGCUAUUGAGAAGUCACUUUAUGGAAAAUCGGGUAAAAAUAUAACGCAAACAUUUAAUUCAGCUGUUCGUGCCUACACGUUGUCAGAAUACGAAUAUACCAUGCAACAGCUCAACGCGAUUAAUGGAAAGAUAAGGGGUUACCUAGACGGUGUUGGGCCCGCUAAAUGGUCACGAUUCCACAUGCCAACGAAUCGAUAUUCUACAAUGACAUUGAAUAUAGUAGAGUCGGUUAAUGCGGUCACAAAAUCUGCCAAGAACUAUCCCAUUGUUGCGCGUAUUAUUCAAGCAAUGUUCUCAGCCCAUUGUGAAAAUUUAACUUUUGUUAUAGAAGGACGUACAUGUAUGUGUAGGAUGCUUCAACCAAAUGAAUGGAUAGUGCCCAAAGACUUUGAGAACAUAGUCGUGUUACCACCUAAUCAAAAGCGAAGUGACGGAAGGCCUACUGAGAAGAGGUUUAAAUCAGUAGUUGAAGAUAACAUAACUGUCAAAUGCGGUCAUUGCGGUGAAAGUGGUCACAAUCACAGAACUUGUAGCAGUUUGGUGGGGAUUGGGUAUAGCCUAAAAGAACCUGUGACGUGUGUUGUGACCAUUACAGUGCGAACUGUCACCGGGGGGGGGUUGUUACAUUUACUUCAUAAUAAACGAGUGUGGGGUGUCACAGGUGACCCGUUGGCAAUAGACUGUGCAUAA